AUGCCUGGCCAUCGUUCCCUGCUGCUCAGGACGAGCUGGAGAGCAGUUCUCCAAGAUGCAAAACCCCAAUCCAUCGUGCGGAAAUACGGGACCGUCGCUGAAUCCCCUGCAAUCACGACCCCGCAAUCGUCAGUCUUUGAAGAUGCUCUCGCAGCAAGCAGCCCCCGAAACAACUGGACCAAGGACGAGAUCAAGCAGAUCUACGAUACCCCCUUGAUGAAGCUGGCUUUUGCCGCCGGCACUGUUCACCGCAAAUUCCACAACCCCGGCGCCAUCCAGAUGUGCACGCUCAUGAACAUCAAGACGGGAGGCUGCUCCGAGGAUUGCUCUUACUGCGCCCAAUCGUCCCGGUACAACACCGGUCUCAAAGCUUCCAAGAUGGUUACGGUUGACUCUGUUCUCGCCGCGGCCCGCAUCGCCAAGGACAAUGGCAGCACGAGAUUCUGCAUGGGCGCGGCCUGGAGAGAUAUGCGCGGCCGGAAGACCAACCUGAAGAACAUCAAGGAGAUGGUCAAUGGCGUCAAGAGUAUGGGUAUGGAGGUGUGCGUGACGCUUGGCAUGAUCGAUCUCGAGCAGGCCAAGGAGUUGAAGGAGGCUGGCCUGACGGCGUACAACCACAACGUCGAUACGUCGAGGGAGCAUUACCCAUCUGUCAUCACCACUCGAAGCUAUGACGAGCGACUCCAGACAAUACAGAAUGUUCGGGAGGCGGGUCUCAAUGUCUGCACGGGUGGCAUUCUUGGGCUGGGAGAGAAACCAAAAGAUCACAUCGGCCUUAUCCACACUGUUGCUACGCUACCUUCGCACCCUGAAUCCUUCCCCGUCAACACUCUUGUUCCCAUCAAAGGCACACCCCUGGGAAACAAUGCACCAUCGCCUUUCGAUGCUACUCUUCGGACUAUCGCAACGGCUCGAAUGGUGAUGCCGAGAACCAUCAUCCGCCUAGCUGCGGGCCGGACGACGUUGACUGAAGAACAGCAGAUCCUCUGUUUCAUGGCCGGUGCCAACGCGGUCUUCACCGGCGAGAAGAUGCUGACCACGGCAUGCAACGGCUGGGAUGAAGACCGGGAGAUGUUUGAGAAGUGGGGAUUGAGACCCAUGGCCAGUUUUGAAGUCGAGGCUCUUCGCGAGCUGGUCUCUUCUUCUGCGCCGCUGGAUGGACAGGCAGCGGAAGAGAGCCUGAAGUCUCAGCCAGUGGCUUAAACGGCACAGCUCAAACUCUUAUUUAAGCACUGA